UCAAACAACAUUAAAUAGGACUUUAAUCAUAAUAAUUCUGAAUAGAUUUAAUAUAAUAAUAACACUAAUACUACUAAUAUAAGAUGACUGAUGAAACCAGCAAUGUGUCUGCUGAAGCAGAAGUUCAAGAACAAACUAUCUUGCCGUUAGAAAUCAUUGAUAAAUCUAUAGGUCAAUAUAUUCAUGUGUUGAUGUCUGGUAAUAAAGAAUUCAAAGGGAAAUUAGUUGGAUUUGAUGAUUUCGUUAACAUGGUUCUUGAAGAUGUCACUGAAAUAGAUAAUGAUGGUCCAUCACCAAAGCAAAUAAAGAAAAUGUUAUUAAAUGGUGCUCAUGUGUCUAUGAUAAUACCAAAUUAAGCAUAGAUUUAAUAUUAUGUAUAUAAAUUAGCAUCUCCAACCCUCCCCAAAAAAUGUAUAUUAUGAAACUUUACAAUCCAAAUAUUUAUAACUGUAGAAUCACAUCGAUUGAAAUAUUUAGAGUAAUUAUCCCCACAAUUUCCUAAUUGGUGUUGGUGGCAAA